AUGAGUGAAGCUUGGAAAGCAUUUAAAAAACAAGAAAAUGGUGUAAGGGUAAUAUGUUUAUUAUGCAAUAAAUCAUAUUCAAACCCUGGUUCAAAUACUACAAAUCUGUGGAACCAUUUAAAGGGAAAACAUAAAUCCAAGUACAUUGAACUAGACCGAAUUCGAAGAGGAGUAACUAGUUCCAAUGAUUUUGAUGAUGCAAAUGAAGACAAUGAUUUGACCACAACACCGUCUUUUUCAAAUUCAGAUUCCUCAAAUUCAUUUUCAUGUUUUACACAACAAUCAACGAGUAGUUCUAAUAUAAUUCAAGAAACAAGUUGUCUUAAACAAAUAAAAAUGAGUCAAUUUACUAUUAACAAAGCCACAAAAAUUAAGAUGGACAAUGCUUUAGCAUAUUUUAUUGCGACUAGUAUGAUGCCCUAUAGCUUAGUAGAAAAAGAAGGGUUCCAAACAUUUGUAAGAGCUUUAAAUCCAAGUUAUAAAUUGCCUUCUAGAAAGACGUUAACUGAAUCUAGAAUACCUGAAUUAUAUUCAGAAACGCGUACUAAUGUUGGGAAUAUCAUAAAAAAUGUUGAUUUUUUAUCGUUAACGACGGAUUGUUGGACAUCUACUUCUAAUCAACCAUUCAUUGCACUUACAUGUCAUUUUAUAAAUUCAAGUUCAGGUUUAAGUUCUGCUUGCUUGGGUUGUGUUGAAUUAUCGGAAGAUCAUACGGAUGAUAAUAUUGCAGAUAUUCUCCAUAUGUUACUUCUAGACUAUGAAAUUUCAGAAUGGAAAAUAUGCUCUAUGACAACAGACCACGGUGCUAACAUGAUAAAAGCCGUUAAAAAUAUGAAUAUACCACACGUCGACUGUUAUGGUCAUUCUCUUAAUAUAGCAGUAUCGCGGAUUUUGAAAAUGGAAGAAGUGAUGAAUGUGGUUCAUAAAGUUAAAAACAUCUAUAAUAUAUUUGCCCAUAGCUGGAAAUCUGUACGUGAAAUGGGAAAAAUCCAAGAAAAAUUUGGUUUACCACAGAAGAAAUUUCCGUCAUUUUCUAAAACGCGUUGGUGGUCUAUAUUAGAGUUAAUAAAUACUAUAAUUGAACAGGAACUUGGCCUCACUAGUUUUCUUCGAGGAUAUAAGAAUGGACCAGGACAGUUAAAGAACAGCUAA